AUGAAGGGGAUGCCCUUACCCUUUGAAUUUCAGGGGAAGGGGGUUUUGGACUUGGAAGUUGUGGUUAAUAGUAACAAAAUUGGUUCUUGUUUUUGGAACCGUAAUAUUGAUAACAAGAAGCUAAUUUGUAGUCCUGAUAAUAGUGAGCCAAACUCUGUCCUGGAUAACAUAAGGAGCCAGAGCCCAUCUUCCUCAACCCUGUCUUCUUCCUUAGGCUGCGGCAACAACAGCGGAGGCACAGCCAGCGGUGGUGGUGGUGGUGCUGUUUCUACCGGGGUGGCGGCGGUUUCGGGAAACUCCCCCAUUAAAUGGCACCAAGAUGCCCCUUCUACCACCACCAGCUCAAAUGUCGGAGCUGAAUCUGAGCUCCAUCCUGUCCCACCCUCUCUUGAGAUGGGUGGAGGAGGAGCCGGAGCCGCCGCCGCCGCUGCAGCGCCGGAGAAAUGUACGAUGGAGGAAUGGGAUAGUGUCUUGCCGGAGUCCGUGGCUGCCUCACCGAGCCAAGAACAGUCUAUCUUGCGGUGGAUCAUGGGGGAUGUGGAUGACCCUUCUAUGGCUAACUUGAACAAGGUCUUGCAAAUUGGCGGUGGUGGUGGCAGUGGUGGUCACACGGCGGACUAUGAGUUCAACGGUGGUUUUGGGGUUGUGGAUCAAGGUUUUGGAGCAGAGGGCCAAGGGAUUAAUUUCAUGCCUUCUUUGAACCCUUCAAUCUCUACUAUAUCCAGCAAUAGGAACAAUGGUGGCGAAAAGGUUGGUUUUCUGGCUAAUUCUUCCGGAAAUCUUGCUAGUAAUAAACUCCCCAAUGUUCAAAAUCCAUUAUUUCCUGCAUUAUCUAGCAACCUUGGUGGACCUAUGGCCUUCUCUCAAUCCCAGCAGCCAUUGAUGCCUGCGUUUGAGGGUGGAGAAAUGAAACCCCCAAUUUUUAAUCCUCAGUUAUUGAUAAACCAGCACCAAACUCACCCACAAAACAACCCAUCAUUUUUCAUUCCAUUGGGUUAUGGGCAGCAGGAGCAGAAUCUGUUGAUGCCACCACAGGCAAAACGGCAUAAUCCAGGACCAAUUGGAGGGGUUGAUCCCAGCUGCCAAAUUUCCAAGACUCAAUUUUCAGAUACAGGGCAAGAACUGUUUGUAGGGAGACAAUCUCCACUUCAACAGCAACAAGGAAUGCCUCCGGUGCUGCCUCAUCAGCUUCAGUUGCUUCCCAAUUAUGUUCAGCAAAGGCCUGCUGCUGUAAGUCCUAAGCAGAAAAUGGUUGGGGAUGAAAUGGGGUUGUCCCAUCAUCAACAACAGCAGCAGCAGCAGGCAAUAAUUGACCAGCUAUUCAAGGCAGCAGAGUUGGUCCAGUCGGGGAAUCCAUUACUCGCGCAAGGGAUAUUGGCGCGGCUCAAUCACCAGCUCUCUCCAAUCGGUAAGCCUUUCUACAGGGCUGCUUUUUACUGUAAGGAGGCGUUGCAGAUGCUCCUUCAUACUAGCAAUAGUUUGAAUCCCAACUCGUCCCCGUUUAGUCUUGUUUUCAAGAUUGGUGCCUACAAGUCCUUCUCUGAGAUUUCACCCAUUGUGCAAUUUGCAAAUUUCACCUGUAUACAAGCUUUGCUUGAGGUAUUGGAGGGAUUUGAUCACAUUCAUAUUGUUGAUUUUGAUAUUGGGUAUGGAGGGCAAUGGGCAUCUUUUAUGCAAGAACUUGCCUUAAGAAGUGGAGGUGCACCAUCUUUGAAAAUUACUGCAUUUGCUUCUUCCUCAACCCAUGAUCAGCUUGAACUGGGCCUUAUGCGUGAAAAUUUGAUUCAUUUCGCUAGUGAAAUAAGUAUGCCAUUUGAGUUUGAGAUUGUUAGCAUUGAUGCUAUAACCUCUUCUUCUUGGAGUCUCCCUCUUCGUGUUUCAGAGAAUGAGGCCGUAGCUGUAAAUCUCCCAGUGAGUUCUUUCUCAAGCUGCCAGCUUUCGCUGCCUCUCAUUCUCCGAUUUGUUAGGCAAUUGUCUCCAAAAAUUGUUGUAUCUAUAGACAGAGGUUGUGACAGGACUGACCUUCCAUUCCCGAAUCAUGUGAUUCAUGCUCUCCAGUCUUACUCCAACUUGCUUGAGUCUCUUGAUGCUGUAAAUUUGAACUUAGAUUCCCUGCAGAAGAUUGAAAGGUUCUUGCUCCAACCAGGAAUUGAAAGAAUUCUAUCUGGACGGUAUCGCACCCCUGAAAAGACGCAACAUUGGAGGACCAUGUUUUUGUCAUCCGGGUUCUCCCCUUUAACUUUCAGCAAUUUUACAGAAUCACAAGCAGAGUGCGUCGUGAAGAGGACACCCGUUCGUGGAUUCCAUGUGGAGAAGAGACAGUCGUCCCUUGUUCUUUGUUGGCAAAGAAAGGAGCUCAUCUCAGCUUCAGCUUGGAGAUGCUAA